AGGCACCACCACUAAGAAAGCCAAUGGAGGAAACAGGCUUUCGUUGAGAUUUUUUUAUUUUUUGUUCCAUUUUUCUCUUUUCCUAUGAACCCAAAACACAUGGGGACUCGGUGAAUGCCCACACUGUGUCUUCCAUUUUCGUUUUUCUCACUGGAAGUGCUGGUGUCUGUUUUUGACUGUGUGGGGAAUAGUGGAGAAACCACUCCACAUUAAUGUCAAAGACCUUUCACAACCUUCAAGGGUAGUAGCACUAAAUGCUUUAUCACUGUCUGUUACUGCCUUUCCAACUACCUCCAUUCAUGUAUGUGCUUAUGUUCUUAACAGCGAAGCUUGGUGUUUUCUCUUUCCCCGAGUCUGUCUCCUGUUUUUGCUUCCUGGGUUGUUCUUAGAUUUCUUCGGACAACUUGAAUCGUUGAGAAAACAACAUUCUUUUGAUCACCAGCUGGGCUUGUUCGUGCAUGUUAGUUUUUGUUUGAUUUUCAUGGGGUUUUGACUAACUGGUUUUAGCUUCCAUCUUUGUAGGGGAAGCGUGUUCUUUGAAUCUUUUGGUGAGGAUUUUCUUACCUUUUCUUUUAUUUCUGCUUUUAUUGCUCAACGGGUUUGGCUGUUAAUUUGAUAAGGAGUGAAGGUGUUUAAAAGGGUCUCAUGAGUCAUGUGAGCUGUGAGUUUCUGAGGUGGGAUUUGAGGUGAGGGUUUCGUUAGUUUUCUUCUUGGGUUUGUGCUGAUUCAUGGAAAACCAAGGUUUCAGGAUGAAAUCCUUCGUGGGGUUGUCUUUUGCUGUAAUGGGUCCGUUUCUGUUUCUUCUGUUCUUGUUUUCCUUCUAGGGUUCCUCCAUUCACCAUUGUGAAAAAAAAAAAGUCUUGGUACUUUUCAUGGGGCUGUUGAACUUGGUUUUUUUGGCUUUUCUUUUUUGGGUUUUCUUUAUUUCUCACACCCAUCAAAUGCAAAGCUCUCAAACUCAAGCGCUACUGCAGCUAAGGAAACAUUUGGAAUACCCUCUGGCACUGGAAAAUUGGGAGAAUUACAGUGGAGACUUCUGUAACCUGGCUUCAACCCCACACAUGGCCAUCACAUGCCAAGACAAUUCUGUCAGUGAGCUCAAAAUUAUGGGAGAUAAGCAUGUUAAGGUUAGUGAUUUCAGCGGAUUUGCAGUUCCUAAUGAGACUUUGUCUGACGGUUUCUCUAUUGAUUCUUUUGUUACAACAUUGUCGAGGUUAUCGGGCUUAAGGGUUCUUAGUCUAGUGUCUUUGGGGAUUUGGGGACCACUUCCUGAUAAAAUCCAUAGGUUGGCUUUACUUGAAGUAUUGGAUUUGAGCUCAAAUUUUAUGUUUGGUUCCAUUCCACCGAAGGUAUCUACCUUGGUGAAACUCCAAACCCUCACAUUGGAUGCUAAUUUCUUCAAUGACAGUGUCCCCGAUUGGAUGGAUUCGUUGUCCAAUCUCUCUAGUUUGAGCUUGAGGAAUAACCAGUUUAAGGGUCAGUUUCCUCCUUCUAUAUCCAGAAUUGCAACACUCACGGAUGUUGCUCUGUCUCACAAUGAGCUUUCUGGUAAAUUACCCGAUUUGAGUUCCUUAACUAAUCUGCAUGUAUUGGAUUUAAGAGACAACCAUUUGGAUUCCGAACUACCCAUCAUGCCCAAAGGACUGGUUACAGCCCUCCUAAGUGAGAACUCCUUCUCAGGCGAGAUUCCAGCCCAACUAGGAGAAUUGGCUCAGCUCCAACAUCUUGAUCUGUCGUUCAAUUCUCUUACUGGAACACCUCCCUCUGCAUUGUUCUCUAUGGAAAAUAUCAGUUAUUUGAAUUUAGCGUCCAAUAUGCUGAGUGGAUCACUUCCUGACGGUCUAAGUUGUGGAGAUGAACUUGGGUUUGUUGACAUUUCUUCAAACAAGUUGAUGGGCGUACUUCCUUCUUGCUUGAGCAUUGCUUCAGAUAGGAGAGUUGUUAAGUUUGGUGGAAAUUGCUUUUCUAUAGAUGCUCAACACCAGCAUCAAGAAUCAUACUGCAAAGCAGCCCACAUAAAGGGAAAACAAUCCAAGGGAAAAGAAAUAGGAGUAUUACUUGGUGCCAUAGCAGGAGCUGUUAUCAUCGUGGCCUUUCUAGCAUUUGUAUUAUUCAUUUUAUGUAGAAGGUGUAGAAAAUACCCUUCAAGAGGGUCAUUUGAGCAGCCUGCAAUGCCAAAAUUGGCACAAGAGAACUCUUCCACAGGGAUUUCACCAGAGCUCCUUGCAAAUGCUAGAUUCAUUUCUCAAGCAGCAAAGCUUGGGACACAAGGUUCCCCAACAUAUCGAUUAUUUUCCUUAGAGGAGUUAAAGGAAGCCACAAAUAAUUUUGAUCCAAUGACAUUUCUUGGUGAAGGAUCUAUUGGCAAGCUUUACAAGGGAAAGUUAGAAAAUGGAGCAUAUGUUGGCAUACGAACUAUAACUUUGUAUAGGAAAUAUUCAAUUCAAAACCUUAAACUUCGCCUGGAUUUGCUUUCAAAACUUCGUCAUCAACAUUUGGUUUCCCUAUUGGGUCAUUGCAUUGAUGGCGGUGGACAAGAUGAUUCCAAUGUUGAUAGAUUCUUUCUUAUAUAUGAAUACAUGCCCAAUGGGAAUUAUCAUACUCAUCUCUCAGAAAAUUGUCCGGCUAAGGUUCUUAAGUGGUCAGAUAGAUUGGCGGUUCUAAUUGGUGUGGCAAAGGCUGUUCACUUUCUUCAUACUGGAGUGAUUCCCGGUUCUUUUAACAACCAACUGAAAACAAAUAAUAUAUUGCUAGAUGAGCAUAGGAUAGCAAAGUUGAGUGACUAUGGGAUGUCCAUCAUUAUGGAAGAGAAUGAAAAAGUCGAGGCAAAGAAGGAAGGAGGCAAACCAUGGCAAAGGAAACAAUUAGAGGAUGAUGUUUAUAAUUUUGGAUUUAUCUUGCUUGAAUCACUCGUGGGCCCUAUAGUAACUGGAAAAGGAGAGACGUUUCUGCUUAAUGAAAUGGCAUCCUUUGGGAGUCAAGACGGUCGGAAGCGAAUCGUGGAUCCAAUUGUACUAACCACAUCCUCACAAGAAUCAUUAUCAAUUGUGGUAUCAAUCACAAGCAAAUGUGUAUCUCCUGAACCAUCUACCCGUCCCUCAUUUGAGGAUGUACUCUGGAACCUGCAGUAUGCAGCUCAAGUCCAGGCCACAGCUGAUGCUGAUCAAAAAUCUGAUGGAGCAUCCCAAACAUAAUUUCAUGUGGCAGAGUCACACCCAACAGCUACUUCAUCACCAUAUUUAGAGCGUCUCUGUCAACACAUAAAGCAUCCCUAUACAUAAUUGGGCUGCCUUCCCUCAGUCCCAUCUCUGCAAUGUACAAUUGUAAAUGCUAAAUGCCAUGCCAUUUAAUCCCCAUACUAGCUGAUAUUAGCUUAGAAAGUUUGUUCUUACUUUUCACUUUUCAUACAUUGCUGUUGCCAUUAUAGGGAUUUUGAAGCAGAAGUUGAUCCAUGAAUGAUGAUUGAUGGCCACUGCUAUUGAGUUAUGAGUUGUAUUUCAAAGAGUUGAAAAAGGAAAAUGAUUUGGUUAUAGAA